AUGGUGACGAUGAUGACAGGAUUAAGUUACCGUCCUCUUCAUCGUCGUCGCCAUCGAAGCGCUACAUCUGCUCGUCAGGCUUCUGUCUCGACAUCUCCAACUUCCUCAUCAUCUCACUCAUCUAGCUCAUACUCACGUCAUUCACAACCAGUAAAUUAUGAUUUAACUUCUCCCGUGACAUAUUCAGUUCCUAUAAUUCGUUUACGACGUCCUUAUUGGACGAAAAGUCUCCAAAACGUACAGAAGGAUAAUGGAAUGAGUGAGGAAGAUCAUUACGAUACGCCGUGGGAAUUCUUGGCCCGGCCGACUUCGGUUAGACUAUCCUCAGCGGACAUACGCUAUUCAAUUAGUCCCAAAAAUAGGGAUAAUUUGACUAAAUCGCCUUCAAUCACAAGCCAACUUGCCCAUAUUAAUAACUCACCACCUAUCGAUGAUCCAAAACGACAUUCUUUAAGAGAACGUGUUACAAAAAUUGAACAUCAUCAUCCUCUUCAUCAGCAACAACAACAUUAUCGUCGACGUGAUGGAGAAGAUUACAUUUUGGAAAAAAAUGUCGAUAGGGUCGAAGCAGAAAAACGCUUAGAGGCACGAGCUACAGGAGAUUUCCUAUUAAGGCUUCGUGGCGAAGACAGUGCAGCUUUAUCAUUACGAGGUUCAGCCGGAAUUUUGCAUAUUAAACUUGAGCGACGAGGCGAAAAAUGGAUUAUUGGCGAUGGUCCAUGUUUUAGAUCAAUCACAUCUGCUAUUAAUUACUAUCAACGCCAUCCUCUGCCUAUCAGAGGAGCUGAUCAUCUCUUGCUCAGACAACCAGUUUCAAGUGUUAUAAGAUUCUAA